AUGAAAAUUCUCAAAAUUCUCCCUAUAUUGUUAAUUCAAUUACUUUUUGCAUAAUGCAUUUAGUCACAGACAUUGAAUUCAACCUAGAUAAACUACUAUAUUCAAGGACUUAAAGGUCUCUAUGUUGGAAUCUAUAGUGGUCUUCAUGAAAAAGUUCCAGCAACAGUGAAGCAAGAUUGUUUAGAUUUUGAUUUCGCUAAUCGUACUACUCAUAUUAUCAAUACAUUCUUAAAGCAUGGUUUUGCUCUGUUUAGACUUAUAGAAGAUGGUUCAAUUAUAGUAAGUGAAAUGACAGAAUGCCAGUUUGAUAGAGUAGGAUUUGAACUUUACGAACUCUGUGAUAUCAAACAGCAGUGCUAGAUAAAAGAUGCUAAGAAUAGAAUAAACAAACUAUCUUUCCAAAUGGUAGGACAUGUCACCAGCAUACUAGGAAUUAUAUAAGAUGGUGUUUACCCUCCAAAUGACAUCGAUGAAUUUUACAGUAAGAAUUUAGAAAUCGGAAAGACAUUGGCAUCAGUGUUUUUGGAAUUAUUUGAAUUAAGAAAAUUCCCUUGA